AUGGCUUGUCAGCUGGAUCUCUGGGGGCCCCAGCCCAGCUCCAUCGCAUUCACGGUCCCCGAAUGCCUCUAUUUGCCCACGAUCCUGAUCAUCGAAAUGACCCCUCUUUCUCCGCACACCCCCGAACAAAACAAAGCCAAAAUAGUAACUAUGCCCGCUAAUUCUUACCUCUUGUCGAGACGGAUAGACCUCAUCCUUUUACUCAUAGUACGAGUAGUUGGUCUGGCCAACGCUGCGACCGGCCCGCCUCCGCCGCACGAGCUACUCCGCAAUGCCCCCCCCCCCCCCAAUCCAUCAACAAUCCAGACCAUCCUCACCCCUCCUCCAAGCGUUGACAAACAACAACUACACCACCACCACCACCACCACCACCACCCAGCCCCCGGCCUUGACCUUGACCUUGGCCUUUGCCCGUCCCCCACCAUCGACUCGUCCUCCAUCCUCCUCGCAGAACGCAAACGCCCAUCCGACCGAGACCGAAACCGUUGUUCCCCGGUGCGCGCGCAACCCCCACGGCUCACAAUCCCGAUCGCUCGCUCCCCCGCCGCGCCGCCCAAGCCGUUUGCGGUAUCGGUAAAGCGCUCUCCGUACCGUACUGUCCACGAUCAACGUAACCAAGGCCAUCACCCACCCACUUGGCACCCGUCGUCUGUCGCCUGUUACUCGGGAAACCUGACCACUUCUACCUACGGACUCCGUGUACCUCGCCCCGGUUCAUCCCGACUCAAGACGGUUGCGUGAGCGGGGGAAGGAAUUGGAAGUAUGAAGACCGGGGUCGGAGCCGGUCGACCGCUUGCCGUUGCGAUCCUACCGCAGACCGCAGACUGGGUUGCUUUGGCUUUGAAGCCGAGGGUGCGCGGGAAGUGGAGCCCCGGAGUUGGGUCUACGGUAGGUUGGAUAGGUUGUGAGGGAGCGGCCUGGUCGGGGAUGUGAAUUGGUCGGAGGGUUGUGUCUGGAUGGGAGUGGGUGAGAGUACACAGAGGGGAAAGGGGGUGCUUAGGCUGCUGGGUUUGGAUUAGGAUUGUGGCUUGUGUUCUCAUGGGUUAUUAGCUGGAACGAAUGGUUGUAGUGUCGUAGGUUAUAUAUCAUAGGGUGGGAGGUAUGUGAAGCUCGGGGACUGUGGUUGUGUAAGGGCAAUCCAACAUAAGAGCUUCAUACAUGUUUGUGUCGCAAACAUGGAAGGGAUUGGGGAGAAAUAGCUGGAACAAAGAGACACAGAGAAGGUAUGAGGGUG